AUGGCGUGGAAUAGCAGGAUUGGCAAGUACUAUUUAGAAGAUAAUGGCUUCAUCAAAUGUCCACAUGAACAUGCGCUCUACGUUAAAAGUAAGGGAGGAAAUAUUUUAAUAGUGUGCUUGUAUGUGGAUGAUCUCAUCUUCACAGGAAAUAAUCUAAGUAUGUUCGAGGAAUUCAAGAAGGUAAUGACAAAGGAAUUCGAAAUGACAGACAUUGGGCUGAUGACAUAUUACCUAGGUGUGGAAGUCAAACAACUCAAAAAUGGGAUCUUCAUCACACAAGAAGGUUAUGUCAAGGAAAUUCUCAAGAAGUUCAAGAUGGAGGACUGCAAAGCAAUCAACACGCUAGUAGAAUGCGGGAUCAAAUUAUCCAAGAACGAUGGAAAAGAGAAAGUGGAUCCGACAUUAUUCAAGAGCUUGGUUGAAAGUCUACGAUAUUUAACUUGUACAAAGCCAUACAUACUUUAUGCCACAGGGCUCGUAAGUCGAUAUAUGGAGAAUCCAACCAGUAUCCAUUUCAAGGCAGCAAAGAGAAUACUACGAUAUCUAAAAGGUACGAUCGGCUAUGGCCUAUUCUAUUCAAAUACUGAUGAUUAUAAGCUUGUUGGCUAUAGUGAUAACGAUUGGGCUGGAGAUAAUGAUGAUUGA